GCGCUGUCCAUCCCUAUGCGAACCACACUUCACGUCGUGGACUAGUCCGAACCAGUGAUCAGGACGAGAUGCUGCUUCCUAAACCACUCCAGAUGAUUAUGCCAAAACCGGUGGCUGUAUUUAAAUGAGAACUAAGGUAAGAUUAUAAAAAUCCACAUUUUCAAAUCAAAUGACAACUUUUUGAGUAGUUGGCCAAUUAUUUUCUCUUGUGCAAUGUAAAAGAUAAAAAAUAGAUUACUUUACACUGAUGACUUUGUUUUCUAGGCAAAAAAACAAAACAUGAAUGAUGUGGCAUGUUGUUUUAGUUGGGGUUUUUUUUUACGUGCCAAGGAGGUGUGCUCUGUAUAAAUAUUUGACAACAUUAAAGGAAUUCAUAAAGUACAUUUAUUUUGCCAGCUUCAGCCCAUAGUUGAUACAGUGACUGCAGAUGGCUCAUGUAGCCUACUGAUUGAUUCUGUGAACCAACAAUUGGGGUGAGAAUCAAGAAUGAUCGUGAUUGAGGAGGAGAGCGCAUCCACACCUGACAUAUAGAAUUAUGUCACACUUGAAUAAGACAUAUGUUUGUUUUUUUAUGUAUAGGGUGUGAAUGUUGAGAAAGGACAACAUGGGGAAAGGAGUGGCACUGUUCCUUUUACUGUUGGCAGUUCUACAUGAGGCCAGAGGCCAGAGAAGAAGAAAAGGAAAGUACAGCGUCCUCAGAGAUGGAGGAAAUGGUAAAUGAAGUCAUUAAGUCCACGUUAGUGAUGAUGGUCAGUCACUGUGGCUUAUGCAUGAUUAUUUGAUCUAUAUGGCUACAUUACAUCUGAAAUAACCCAUAUAUGUUAAAGGGGGGCUGAACUUACCUGAUUUAGCCUCUGUUUCAAUCCUCCUCAUUAGGAAACUGAGAAUAACAGUUACCGUUUUUUCCUAAUUAUCUCGCAAAUCUCAGUUUGGACUGACUUUAUGAAGAAAAUUAUCAAAUUUACACUUUUUAGUAAACUUUGACACUCAAAUAUUUUUUUCUGACUCAUAUAGUCACAUAGUCCGUUUUCAAAAGGAGAAGUUGCUUAUUACAUUCAGUUGCUCUUUAAGGUGUCUCACUUAACAGGAAGAUUUAAUUUAUCAAUGUCUGAUGGUGCAUAGUCUAAAUCAUUGUAACAGCGAUUUAUUCUAAGUAGAUGUAUACAGAACAAAAAUAUAAACGCAACAUGGAACAAUGUCAAAUUUGAUCAACUCUAUGCGAAAUAAAUCUGUCGCGCUGCAUGAGGCAAAUGGUGGUCACACCAGAUACUGACUGGUUUUCAGAUAAAUAAAUAAAAGGUAUCUGUAUUCCCAGUCAUAUGAAAUUCAUAGAUUAGGGCCUAAUUAAUUUAUUUAUAUUGACUGAUUUCCUUAUAUGAACUGUAACUCAGCAAAGAUCUUUGAAAUUGUUGCAUGUUGCGUUUAUAUUUUUGUUCAUUGUACGAUGUUCAUUUGCUUUUGACAUUAGCCUGAAGUUUAUCCAAUCAAUCUCCAUGUGAAACACAUGUAUGUAUCCCUCUCCCAGACAUGGCAACAUGCUCCAUGGAGGUGGCCUUCAUUCUGGACAGCUCGGAGGGUGCCAAGACCUUCCUGUUCGAGAAGCAGAAGUCCUUUGUUCUGCAUUUCAGCACUGGUCUCACCAUGCUCCAGGUGUCUGGAUGGACACUGAGGCUGAGGAUGGCUGCUCUGCAGUACAGCAGCUCCGUGUCUGUAGAGCACAGCUUUACUGCCUGGCAGGACCUGGAUGUGUUCCACAGCAGAGUCAGCUCCAUGGCCUACAUUGGCCACGGCACCUACUCCACCUACGCCAUCACCAACGCCACACAGCUCUUCACCCAGGAGACCAAGGAGGACAGCGUCAGGGUGGCGGUGCUCAUGACUGACGGUGCUGAUCAUCCGAGGAACCCUGAUGUGAUCGGAGCAGCGGCAGAGGCUAAGGGUAGUGGUGUGAAGCUCUUUUCUGUAGGGUUGUCAGACCUAGCCCGCCAGAACAGUGCCAAGCUCCGGGCUAUCGCCAGCACGCCGGCCCAGCAGUUCGUCCACAGUCUCACUGACCCCCAGCUAGAGGAGAAGUUACUGAAAUGGUUGGUGAGUGUUCUGUCAUCAAAGUCACCAUACACUCAAGUUGAAGAUGAUUGGUAUGCUGAACCAGGCCAGCAUGGUAUGGCUUGGGAUCAUUAUUGUUGAAAAGGGUAUGAUAGUACCACCACACUGUCUUCACACCUUUUUCCUGAGGUUUGUGAGGGUAAGAAGUGGCGAAAACUACGUUUGAGUUAGUUGCCACACAACAUCACUGUCCAACAGUACUGAGCUCCUCAGAUAAACUUGUCUUGUUAUCAUGACUGAGUCCUAAGCGCGGGCUCAAACCUCAAUGGCAGAAUUUUCCUGUGUGGGGAAUUCUUCCCCUAAUAUGCAUUUUCCAUAAACACAGAGAUUUGUCUAUAGGUCAAGACCUGUCUAUGGGCAGACAAUAGCAUGAAUUAUACAUUUCCCAAAAAUCCAUCAAAGUUUUUCAAAUUCAUAUUCAUCAUUAGCGGAGGUUUAAAAGAGAACAACUUUAUUAAGCAAAACUGACAGGAAGUGAUCUAGCUAUCUAUCCUCUCUGUUGUUUUAUUCUUCCAUAGAACAAUGUAUUGACCAUCUGUACCAUUGUUCAUGUACAGUAAGGCUUGCUCAGGUACAAUACAAUGUUCAGUCAAUAGUGGUACUGUUGGAAUUGUUUCUAGGUAAAAAAUCUCACACAAUCAUCUUGUAUUUUUUCCCAUCCAGGGUGCAGUAGCGCUUGAGGCGGUAAGUACUUCAAAACAAUAAACACUACAAUGGCACUGGAAGUAGCAGGUGGAGUGAUACGAUUGAUUUUGUAUUAUUUUCAUUGUAUCAGUGUCCACAGGCUAAAGUGUGUUUGUGUGAAAGAGGGGAGAGAGGCCCUCCUGGAAACCCAGUGAGUACACUAGAUGUUUUUCAACAGAACAUGUACGUCAACAGUAAGGAUUAUGCAGUAUCCCAGUAUGACUGACACACCACACAAAAACAUUGUAAGAAAUACUGAAUACUCUCAUUCAAUAAUGACUCCAUAAACUAACUUUUUAAUUGUGUGUUUCGUCAAGGGUAAAAAAGGAGAUCCAGGAUAUGAAGGACCAUCUGGUCCAAAAGGAUCAAGGGUAAGUAUUAAGAAGAUAGUGAAUUUCACUAUUUUAAUGGCCUCAGUGAUUUACAUACAAUCCUGAUCUCACAUUUAUAACACUGUCUCAAUUCUACAAGGGAGAACCUGGAGUCAGUGGCCGACCAGGAAGUGAAGGUCUUGAGGUAUACUAUGUAUUUCUUUAUUCUGUAAUUAUUUUCUGAGGCAUUCUAUUCUAAUUAACUUCCAUCUAGCCACCAUAUUUCCAUAGUUGACUGAGAUACCUUUCAGUACAGGGCGUUGAACACUGUUAUUCUUACUUUACAGGGCAGUCCUGGUUAUAAAGGUGACAAGGUGGGACAUCUGUUUUCAAGACAUUUCAGAAUACAACUGUCUUGCUUAAAGUGUCUUGCCAAUGAUUGGUUGAACCUGUGCUGUAUUUCAGGGGGAGAUAGGAGACUGUGGCACUCCUGGGGAAAAAGGAGAUGAAGUAAGUUCACUGAUUACUGUGCCAUUUUGGAUCAAUCAUCAUUGUGAUCUAUUCUACAGUAUGUGUGCCAACUGAAGCAUGAUGUCAUCUUGUCAUCUUACAGGGCCCUGGAGGACCUCCUGGCCCACGGGGACCCAGAGGAGACCAGGUACAAUGUAAAAUUGUUGUUUUUAUAAGAACACUACUACUUCAAUACAUUAAUAGGUAUCUUUCGCUACCUAUUUAGGACCUUGUCUUAAUCAUGAUCGCAUAUGAUACAGUAUGAUCAUAUGGAAUAGGUUAAUUGAUUCUCAAUGAAUGAUGCACUUUAGAGCAAAGGCUGAGUACUUCUUUCACUGAAAUGUUGUUUGAUGACAGGGAUGAAACAAGUUUAAAAAUACCCAGAAUCCUGAGUACAGACAUUGAGAACAGACUACAUAUAAGUAUAGUAACAAUCAUCACCAGUCAGAGAGAUCCCUUUUUCCAUUUCAUUCUCAAACAUGGAAAAUGGAAGUUGAGUUUGUCGUUUUCCCACCCAUGCACUUAUGGAAUGUGAAUUUUGGAUUACGCCUAAUCCUGAUGCUAAUGUGAGUAUCUAAAGCAGUGAAUCCAGGCUUGCAGGAUAUUAUUCUUUUCGAGGAGCAGACUUUGUGUCGUAGGAUUAGCUGCUAGGACAGGGUUGCCAGUACAGUGCCACUAUUCCUCCUCACUAUCAGCCCCUCGUCUGGCAUGGUAUCAAAAUGUACGCACUCACUAACUGUAAGUCGCUCUGGAUAAGAGCGUCUGCUAAAUAACUAAAAUGUAAAUGUAUCAGUGGUUGUGUUGUUUUGACACCAGGCCCUGAGAAUGGAAGGAAACUACUGUUCUGUUAAUCUUUAUUGCAUUAGUUCAGUUGUAAGAAUUGACUACCAACUGGUACAUUGUAAAAUAUAAAAUACCCCUCCUCACAACAUAGUUUUGGCAGAUAUCAGGGCUGAGUUAGAUUUUCUGGGCUAUCAAUUCUAUACAAAGAGUAACUACAUAAUGUACAGUGAGAAAAAUGGCUGUGUAGGCGCCAUUUCAAAACCAUUUCACAUGGACCUGUUAGGAUACUGCAAUGUAACUAGUGCAUUAUGUAAUUCAACUUCAUUGUACUUUUAUUCAUUGUACUUUUAUUCAUUAAGGCCAUUUCUGGAUAUUUUUUUGUUUCUUCCACAGGGUGUUAACGGACCACCUGGGGACCAGGGUCCGGAGGGCCAAACAGGACCUAAAGUAGGCACACUGAUUCUCAGCCAAUGACAUUCAUGGGUGCUAGGAAAUCAGCCUAUUACAUUCAUGGGUGCUACUGUAUGACACUUUCCUACAUGGAAACACAUUUUCACACAGCAUCUCUAUUGUCAAAGUGUGUUGCAUGGCCAGAGGAGCCAUGAGAGCUGAGUUGACCUUUCUGUCCAAGUCUAUUUAAAUACGGAUCCUUCACUUUCUGUCACACCAACCAGAACUCUUAAACAAGGAAGGCCUUGGAAUCAAGAGUGAUUUAGAGCCAUUUAGCAAUUGCAUAAAGUAUAGCAGGAACAAGUGACUGCUGUAUUCUUCGUAAAUGCCACUCACUCUGAGAUGCAUUAUUGAAUCCCAUGAAGAUCCUUUGUCUGCAUUUUAUUGCCAUUUUCCAUCCUCGUAGACUUCUGUUGGAAUGGAUAGAGUUCCUCUGUGGAGAAGCACUGUGGAUGAGUUUUCUCUCACAGUAUGAACUUGGAAUAGAAGUGUUUUAUGACUAACUUGUUGGUGGUGUUGGUUUCAAGUAGUAGGUGUUUUGACGUAUUCACACAGUGACCAUACACCUCUAACACAGGGGGACCAAGGACCCACCGGUGCAUCUGGACCAGCAGGUGAAAUUGGCAUUGGGUUCCCAGGUCCAAAGGUAACCCUAAUAAUAACCAAUACAGUGAUUAUGCUAUACAUUUACAGUUUAUGUAAAACACAUAAAUGUUGAAAUGUGUCAUUGUUCCCAGGGGGCCAAAGGAAUUCAGGGAAGACCAGGACCCCUUGGUCCCAUUGGAAUAGGAGAGCCAGGACAGCCAGUAAGUAUUAGAUACCAGCUUUGGAUACCCAAACAGUGAUCGCUAUGGGAAAGUUAUACAUGACCCUAUCCUUCUACCUCUGAUUCAUAUGAUCAGAUCUGACAAUGGUAAUCUAAAGACAAAACUAAAUGUUGCCAUUUACUGGACAGUAAAUGUUGAAACUGUUUGAGUGUCAAAAGUGAUGAGACUGUUUGUUUAUUUCAGGGACCCCCAGGACUUGCUGGAGCACAGGGUAACCAGGGAGCUGUUGGGGAGGGGCUCCCUGGCCCAAAGGUGGGCAAAUAUUUGAGUGUCUGAGUAUUAUCCUGUUUCAUGUAUACUGUUAUGUAUAAUUGUACACAUAAGUACAAUGGGUCAUGGAUAUUUAAUAUUUUAAAAACUCAAUGUGGACUCAAGUAUUUCUUUUUCAGGGGGAUCGAGGCUACGAGGGCCCCAGAGGUGAGCGUGGUCUCACAGGUGUUGGGGUCAAAGGUGAUAAGGUAAAGCAAGUUCAAGACUAUUGGACAUUGCUAUGUUGAGGUCUCAAAAAUAUUAUAAAGAUGGUCCGUAUGAUGAUAAGUGAUCAAUGAUCCAUUGAGAAUGAUCCCAUAUUCCUUCAGUGAAAUGAUAAUUGAUGGGAGGUCUUAUGUUUCUCUUAGGGAAAUCCUGGACAGCUUGGAUCACAAGGACCGGUGGGAAUGCCAGGGGCAGGGAUUCAAGGAGAAAAGGUACAUUCUGAUUAAACUGCAGUCAGAUCCUUUUGUGUAAUGUCAAUUAGUCUAUUCUCACACAUACUAUAUACUCACACAUACUUAUACUCAUAUUCCUUUUCUUCUAAUGUCCCCUUCUGUUCAGGGGAACCAAGGGCCAGUUGGCCCUCCAGGCCCCAGAGGGAAUCCAGGUGUGGGACUUAUUGGGCCAAAAGGUAAGGUCGAAGGUCACACGAUCAAAGGGAGUCUAAUGUCAGACAAAAACUAAAAUCUUAGAUCUGAAUGCAAGACGCAACCGUACAGUAUAUUAAUUUAGUAAAUAUGAUGUCCCAUAUACUGUUUGUUCUGCAGGGAAGCCAAGGCUUCUCAGGUGAGCCUGGAAUCCCAGGGGAGAGAGGUGUUGGGGAGCCAGGACCUAAAGUAAGUCUGAUGGUUCAGUAAGACAGUAUUUACACCAGAUCAAGUAAAACUGUGUAAAUAGAGAUUUGUAAAUGUGUAAUGAAUCAUUCAUUGAUAACAAUUUGACCCCCUGCUCCUUUAGGGAGACCCAGGAUCGGAGGGGUUACCUGGUAUUCCGGGCCUCUCUGGAGAGGAUGGGGCCAUAGGACAGAAGGUGGGCACAGUGUGCUGUGAUGCAAUGUCAUUAUCACUAGGACAGUACAUUCAUGCCAGUCUGUCAACUGACAGCAUUCAUUGUUGACAGUAUUGUGUAUUUAUUUCACAUGGUAUCAGGGUGACAUUGGUUCACAGGGGCCCAGGGGACCUGAUGGGGCACCCGGAAAAGGUGUCCCUGGAGAAAAGGUACAAAUCAGUUGUAUUAAAGCAUUUUCACUAUUUCAACGGAUGUAUGGAAAAGAGUGUCUGAAAUCAAGCUGUGACUAUUCUCUCAGGGGGACCGAGGGGAGCGGGGCUCCAGAGGCCAGCUAGGAGCAGUAGGGCCUGUGGGGACAAUGGGGGCCAAGGUAAGCACAUGCACAACAGUCAUGCUCAACACUACUGACCCAAAGCAUGGUUUGUUGUGCUGUUAAAAAGUGUUUCCUGUUUCAGGGUGAACCAGGAAGUCCUGGACGAGCAGGUACAAAUGGACCACCUGGGCGGGGUUUACCCGGUAUCAAGGUAAGUUCUGGUGAGAAGGAACAUUAACAACACUGUUGGUUACCACUUUAUUAGGAGGGUUACCGUAUCUUAAGGAUGAUGUCAGUGUUCUAUGUUCUAUUCUAUGUUCGGUUGUUUUGUUUACAGGGGGAUCCUGGUGCAGUAGGCCCACCCGGACAUGUCGGUGAACCAGGAAUAGGGAUCACUGGACCUAAGGUAAUUUGAUUCAGCUUCUUUCAGUUUGAUUUGAGAGGUGCAAGUAUUUCUUCAAUGUCCAAUGAACCACAUAAGACCAUUGGUGUGAAACCACUCUCACUUUUUAGGGUGAGAGAGGGCUACCAGGGCCCAUUGGUCCACCUGGGCUUGAAGGGGAAGGCCUUCCUGGAACUCCAGUAAGUAUCCCCAUUUUCUCUAAUAUUAUGAUCAUAUUCAUUGAUCUAUGCUGACUAUUCAGUAUGUAUACUGUAUGAAUGCAUGGUCUGUCAUGCUUAUUAGGGACCCCCUGGGAUACCAGGACUGGCAGGCGAGAUUGGACCAGAAGGAAAAGGUUUACCUGGUCCUAAGGUGAGUUUUCCAGUGUAAUGAUUGCAUAAACUCGAUUUAGGUCACAAAAAACCAACCCAAUUAUAGGGUCAACUUUUUUGUUUUGUGAUCUAUAUGUGAGUAUUUAACCUGAGGAUCUUUCUGCUCAGGGAGACCGGGGAACUCCAGGCCCCACAGGACCAGCUGGAGCACCAGGAGUCGGGCUAAUGGGUCCCAAGGUCAUAAAUCCUAUUCAGACCAAUAAUAAUCAUUUUAUCAAUGUGUCGGAGGAGAAAAUUAGCCGUCAUGAUUAGAGUACACAGGAUAUCAAUGAUUGAGCAAGAUUGAUAUGAACCAUAUGACUGGCGGAGCAUCAAGAUCACAUCAUUCUUUCUGCAGGGGUCUGCUGGUCAGAUUGGAGCACCGGGUCCCCAGGGACUGCCUGGAGAGGGCAUUCAAGGACCAAAGGUACAGUUAAAGGACCAUUUAGUACGCCAUGUUAGGUCAUGGUACAGCCAGGCAUAUACUAGUGCUGUGUUUCCACAGGUCAAAUUGCUGAAUUGAGUUUGUCUGAUAGGGGGAGUCAGGAUUCCAGGGGAUCACGGGCCCCAGGGGGCCCCCCAGGACAGGGUAUUCAAGGGAAUAAGGUAAGAACCUCCACACAAACAACAUAAAAAUGUAGCUUUAUAAAUAAAUAGAUGUUAUCCAAUCUCUAAUCUAGGCACCUAGACCCAAAUCCAGUCUCACAAAUGGUCUUGAACUUGACAAAAUUAUAUUGCUUUCCAGGUUAUAGAAAAAUGAUGCAGUUUUACCGUUCCUACAGGGUGACAGGGGGUUUGUGGGUGAACGAGGCAGAAAGGGGGACAAGGGAGAGACUGGAGAGACAGGAGCGGCUGGACCUUUGGUACUAGUCUUACUAGAAAUCUGGAAAAAGCAUGGACAUUAUCAGAUGUAUAUAUUUGUUAUUAAGUGAUCUCCUGAAUUACAGGGCAGACUGGGAGAAAAAGGGGAACCUGGCCUAACAGUAAGUAGAGUUUGUUUUGUACACUGUACCUUCCUUACUGUAGUAUUACAAUUACUAGACACUAAAGUGUUUUACCAUCUGUUACAGAGAGAGGAGGUCAUCAAACUGGUCAGAUCUAUAUGUGGUAAGUGUGGUAAUUCACACACCAGGUACAAUACCAUACCUAUAAUGGCUGUUGGCAGAGACUUUCAAUGAAUCUUUCUCUUUCCCCAGGUUGUGGGGUGAAGUGCCGUGAGAGCCCACUGGAGUUGGUCUUUGUGAUUGACAGCUCAGAGAGCGUGGGCCCCGACAACUUCAACGUGGUCAAGGACUUUGUGAACGCUCUGGUCGACCGCGCCUCCGUGAGCCGAGAGACCACUCGCGUCGGGGUGGUUCUCUACAGCCACAUCAACAUGGUGGUGGUCAGUCUGCACCAGCAGGCCAGCCGGGACCAGGUCAAGACUAUCUCAGUUUUACAUUUUUAAAAACUUUAUUGAGGCCUCUGUAAUGAUUACAUUCAAUUCAUAUGACAUAACAGUACAACGCAAGGUGAGUGGAAAAACAGUGCAAGAUGGUGACACACCCAAACAUAGAAUAGGCUACAAUAUUACUGGAUAAAAAGAAGUGCCGGUCUGAUAAGAAAAUACAUAUUUUAUCAUGAUUGGUUUUCAGGUUGUCAGGGAGACUUUACUUGUAGAACACCAGAUAAGAGAACAUGACAAUGUAGCCAGGGUCGUGAAACAGAUUGGGGUCCUGUCCACUGUGAGCAUAUCAAAUAAAAAAGGCUUACUCUCUAGUACAGUAUCAUGGUUAAAAGUCGUUUGAACAAAGCAUCAUCAGUAGCCUGAUCCCAGAUCUGUUGGUGCUGUCUUGCCAACUCCUAUGGUCAUUGUCACAUAAGACCUCACAAACAGAUCUGGGACCAGGCUACAUCAGAGAUUUUUUCAAUAAUUAUCACCACCAGGUGAAGAGGGCGGUCCGCACUAUGACCUACCUGGGCGAGGGCACCUUCACGGGCAGCGCCAUCCAUCAGGCCAACCAGGUGUUCAGGGCGGCCAGGCCCGGGGUGAGGAAAGUGGCCAUAGUGAUCACAGAUGGACAGGCGGACGAGAGGGACUCUGUGAGGCUGGAGGAGGCGGUGAAAGAGGCCAAUGGCAGUAACAUUGAGAUGUUUGUCAUCGGGGUGGUGAACCAGAGUGAUCCGCUGUACGAGGAGUUUAAGAAAGAGCUCCACCUCAUGGCCUCUGACCCAGACAGGGAACACGUCUACCUGAUUGAUGACUUCAGGACACUUCCUGGUAAGCAGGAAGUACCUUUUACUAUGAGGAAGGAACAUCUUGUAAAGCCACAGUUAUAUCUGAGUAGUCAAUGUAGGCCUAAAUACUUCUAAAGCCAUAGAAACACCUGUGCUGUUAAAACUAGCCAAAGAAAAAACAAAGUCCUAAAUGUCUGUCCGUUUUAAAUAGCUGGUUCUUAUUACCUAGUCCCAAUAAUAUCUGGGUACUGUCUUGUCUUGGAUCAUCCAGCCCUUGAGAGCAAGCUGCUGAGUCGGAUCUGUGAGAGUAAUGGCGGGGCCCAGUUCAGCUCCGUCCCCAGCUCCAGAUACUCCCCCAGAACCCCUGGACAAGCCGGGAUUGUAAGGGAAACCCCAGAGAGGACUGAUACUGACACGCCCACUUUCAAUGGAGACUUCAAGAAAACACAGAUGGUGGUGAGAAGAACAAAACAACACUUCCACUUUCCAUAGUGGUUCUGUCAUGAUCAGAAUAGGGCUGCGUGUUUACUGAGCUCACUAAGCUUUGAAAAGUGCAGUACAAUAUAUCAUGUCAUUGUAAAAUAUUAUAUUGUCAAGAAAAUUAGGAGAGAACUCACCAUAAUCAAAAGAUUGCUAAAAAGGCCCCACAUAAGGAGAGUGUCUGAACUUGGGCCCAAAAUCGUAUUUCCGCUAAAUCAGCCAUGAAUUGAGUGUGUGAAGAUUUUGAUUGCAAUCACAUACUAUAGACAAUAACCCAGAUUCAAACCUAUGCAAUUGCAAUCACAUACUAUAGCAGAUGUACAGAAUACAUAUAUCCAUUUAACCAUUUCUUUACCCUUUGUUAAACAGCCAGGUCCACCAGGAGAGUCAGACAGAGUCUUUAUCCCACAGGGCCCCCAGACAGGGGACCAAGAUAUCUCAGAGACCUACAGGGUCCCAUCCUUUGACAGGGAACCCUUCAAGCGCCUACCAGAGUUCCUUCUUCCGUCAGAGGUGAAGAAUCCCACCCACAGUGUGGUCAUGACGGGCACCCAGGCCCCCACCCAGAGGCCCCUUCCCGUAGUAAAGCUACCCAGGCUCCCCCCAACCUCUCUACCUCUGCCCCAGGAUGCUUUAAUACCAGGUAAUUUGAUUGAUAGGAUAUUGCACUUUUCCAGAGCUCAAACUACUGUGUAUCACCUUUGCUGAUAUUUCCCCAUUUCCUAUUCUUGUAAUUUCAUAGAACGCUAGACAGUAGAAGUAAAAGCAAUGUCGUCCAUUUCUCUUCCUUUUCCCCAGAUGAGAGAUGUGGACAGAUUCUGGACCCCGGGCCUUGCUGGGAUUACGUUGUGAAGUGGUACUAUGACACUACGGCGAAUGCCUGUGCCCAGUUCUGGUUCGGAGGCUGUCAGGGGAACCAAAACCAGUUUGAGUCGGAGAAGAGCUGCAGAAAAACCUGUGUGAAGGUCUAACAUACACACGUUUGUUGACUCGUUUUGAACGCUUACAAAUCGAUUGU